AUGGCAAGUCGUCACUUCCUCGCCGGCCUUCUCCUGGCCGCCCACGCCCACGGGUCACCCGUGCCGGGCCAGCAGUCCGACCCCGUCGAGGCCGUUCCCCAAUUGCCCGACGGGCAGCCCAACGUGCUCAACGGGCCCUUUCCCCAAACCACCGCCACUCCGGGCUCUGGGUCUCCGGGUUCCGGGUCUCAGGACUCCGGGUCUCAGGGCACCGGGGCCUACUCCCAGGCUUCCGACGAGUCCAGCACUUGCGACACUUCCGCGUCUCAGAUCUCCGCGUCCGUGCAGCCGUCGACGACCGGCUACCGCGUCCAGGUCUACGUCAGCGGCUACACCAGCGCAACCUACCAUGGCCCGUACACCGGCACCCCGACGACCAUCGGGGCUGCGGACGGGCCGACGACCCUCGCUGCGUCGAUCCCGGCUUUGCCGCCCAACCCGACGGCCACAUACUACAACACCCUGGGCGUGCCGCUCCACCCCUUUCCCGCGCCGUACGAGCCUGCUGGCGGUUUGGGCACGAACGGCACGCUGCCGCGGUACAUGGUCGAGAGCGACUUUGACUUUGAGAGUAUCGCGCUGGGUCUGUACCAGGAAUGGAUUGAGUUGGACCUGUUCCACGACGGGCUAGCUCGCUUCACAGACCAGGAAUUCCUCGACGCCGGGCUCGGCCCAGAGGCGCGCUCAUUGAUCGAGUUCAUGGCCAACCAGGAGAGCGGCCACGCCACGCUCCUGACCGACAUGCUCGGCCCGCGCGCGCCGGCCGAGUGCUACUACAACUACCCGUACACGACGGUGCGCGAGUGGCUCGACUUCUGCCAGCGCGUGACGCGGUGGGGCGAGUCGGGCGUCUGGGGCUUCAUCAACCACCUGGACUCGCGCGAGGUCGGGCAGCUCCUCGCCCAAUCGAUCGCGACCGAGGCGCGCCAACAGCAAAUCUUCCGCCAGAUGGCCGGCCUCACGCCCAUGGACGUGUGGUUCGAGAACGGCUGGCCGCAGUCGUGGGCCUGGACCAUGCUGGCGCCGUACAUUUCUUACUGCCCGGCCAACGAGACGCGGCUCGCGUGGCAGAACUUCCCCACGCUGCACAUUUUGAACAACGCCAACAUCAAUCGCGUCGCGCCCAACAACACCGCGCAGGACGGCAGCGAGCAGGUCGGCGACCGCAUCGGCGACCCGUCCGUGUCCAACAUUACUUGUGGUAACUGCAUUAACGCCACGGGGACGGACGAGAACUGCGGGCCUGCCAUCGCGCACAACAGGUCCGAGCCGCUCUCGUUCCCCGGCAAGAAGGUGCUGUUCGAGUGGGACCCGCCCGGCCAGGCCGUCGGGCCCAACAACUCCUACGUCACGGCCACCAACGCCGGGGCUCCGGCCUGGGUCGCGUGGAGCCAGCAGCUGAACCUGACGUACAGUCCCCUCACGCUCACGGGCAACAAUUCCGGGUACACGUACCAGCCGCUGGGCUACGUCUAUGGGGAUGACGGCAUCAUCAACGGGACCAUGGCGGUGCUGAUUACGGAUCUUGACCUCUUUGUCACGCCGUUCAAUAUCUCGAUGUUGAACCCGCACAUCGUGGCUCUUGGGUUGUACAUGGCUGGCUAA